CACUACGCAAAUAUCCUAACCUAUAAGUAUUUGUUGUACAAGUGCUACACCCAGAAUGUUUUCACUCAAAUAUUUAAUCAUCGUUCUUGCUCUUGUCGGCUGUGCAUUAGCCCUUAAAUGCUAUUACGGAACUACGAAGAAUAAAGACAAGCCGCCAAAGAGCACCACAGAAUGUACCAAAAUAAAAUAUUGCGGAAAGGAAACUAAGAAAUCUGGUAAAGACAGAAUUCACGAAUAUGGCUGUCCUCUCGAGGCGACUUUUUGCAUGAAAGAAGGUUGCGAAACAAAAAACGAUGUCACCAGAUGCUGUUGUAAGAAGGAUCUCUGCAAUGGAUCAAAUACUUUGCCAGUUCUUCUCUCAUUUAUCCCACUUAUCGUAACAAAGAUGAUUCUCUAGCUAUAACAGUGUCCUUGCUGAUUUUGAAAGAUUAAGCAUUAAAGUUAUGAAAACAAAAACUCAAUAGUAUACUAUCUUUCGCAUAGGAGUC